CCGAAACGAAAACGUCAACCAAAUAUUCGAUGACGUCGAUCGCCAUUCCUUCUACGUGGAGCUAGUCGUUCAUAAUUUCACUUUGCUCGAACAGAGACUGUUGGUUGAACCGAAGUGUUGUUGUGUGUAAAGUGUUUCAUUUGCAAAAUUUUCUGUUGUUGAAAGCAAACAAUCAAUUAAUUGGACGAAAUGGAUCAGGUCGUGAAAUUCUGUGAACCAGGCCGAGUUUUCGCCAAAGACUCCAUCCGAUUGAUCAAACGGUGCACCAAACCCGAUCGACGGGAAUUCCAAAAGAUUGCCAUUGCCACAGCCAUCGGUUUCUGCAUCAUGGGCUUCAUUGGAUUCUUCGUCAAGCUUAUUCACAUUCCCAUCAACAACAUUAUCGUCGGAUCAUAGAAAAAUGUUCGUCGUGGAGCAAGAAAAAAAUAAUAUUUUUUUUGUGAUGUGGCGGAUGGCGUUGGCAGUGAUUUUGUCCACUGUGUGAGAAAACAAAAAUAAUUUAAAUAAUUUAACUUGUAAGAAAAGCUUUUUUAUGGUUUUCCAUUUCGAAAACUCAAAUCAUUUUUCACUUAAAAUUUUUGUGUCCAUCGAAAAUCGUUUUCAAUCAAUGAAAUCUAUUUGAGAAAUAUAUAAUAGAGAUGCGGGAGAGUGUGUUGAAUUAGAUGUAUACUUUUCUUGAAA